AGAUUCUUUAUUGCUACCAACGCCCUUUGUUCCUUCCCCUCUUUAUUUCUCCUCUCUAGUUUGAUGGCAAAGCAAAUCUGAGUUCUCUCUGAAAAAGAAAGCUUCAAUCUGUCCUCAUUCCCCUUUUCCCAGGUGUGGAAAAAGGGCCAAGUACUCUGAGGAAAAAAAAUAAAGAGAGUGGCUUUCAGGUUGGGUUUGAAGACAGAGGGCCCUCUAGUUUUACUCAUUUAGUAACUUGUUGUGCUGAACAAGAACAAGAAGGAGAGGAAGAAGGAAAGACGGAAGGCUCAGCAAUGCAGACACCAAAAGCAAAGGCUGCCUCCUUGGAGGUGCCACAGAGGAGAUCUCCAGCCACCUCAAGAACUGCUCGCCAACUCAAGCCAUCUGGAGCCGAUUCUGAUUCCGUGGGGUCCCCAAAUCCUGCCACCAAGACUCCUAAGGACAGAAGCCCCAAGGUCCCUGAACGCAAGUCCCCAAGAAGCCCUAUAACUGAGCAGAAGAAGCGGCCAACUAGAGUUUCCGAACUGGAAUCACAGCUAUCUCAGCUGCAGGAUGAUCUCAAGAAGACGAAAGAUCAACUGAAUGCUUCGGAGUCAAGCAAAAGGCAGGCUCAGCAGGAAGCAGAAGAGUCAAAGAAGCAGCUCAUGGAUAUGUCAUCCAAAGUCGAGGAGUGUCAGCAGCAGCUGAUGGAGCUGACUUCAUCCGACGACACUAGAGUGGAGGAGCUCACUAAGAUCUCCCACGACCGAGAUAGAGCUUGGCAAUCCGAGCUUGAAGCUGUCCAGAGACAGCAUUCCAUGGAUUCUGCUGCCUUGGGAACCGCCAUGAACGAGAUCCAACGGCUGAAGAAUCAGCUGCAGAUCGUGGCGGAAUCUGAAGCCACACAGAUAAACCAUGCUGAGUCAGCCCACGAAGAGUUGCAGAGGUUGAGGAUGGAGCUCAAUGAAACUCUUUCCCUCGUUGAGAGGAUAAAAAGUGAAAUGAAUGAUUGCAGGCACUCUGAAGCUGAGGCCAUGGAAGCUGCUAGGGAAGCUCAACAGCAACUGGAAGCAAUUGCAUUGGAGUUGGAGCAGUCGAAAGCUCAAGCUAAAUCCUUGGAAGCUUCUGGAGAUUCUUCUGCAACAGCAAUGGAGGUGACUGUAGACCAGGACGCAACAAACCAACUGAAGGGUGAAGUGAAGUCUUUGAAAUAUGAAGUGGGUCAACUGAAAGCUGCGCUGGAAGCAUCUGAGGCUAGAUACCAGGUGGAGUAUAUUCAGAGCACACUGGAGAUUAGAAGUGCUUACGAACAAGCAGAAAAAACAAAGCAGGAGUCUGUGGAAAGAGAGGCUGACCUGGAAGCAGAACUUGAGAAGGCCAAGGCUAACAUCGACAAACUGAAGGCUACUCUAAUGGAUAAGGAAACCGAACUCCUGAACAUUUCAAACAAGAAUGAAGGAUUAAGGUCAAAGAUGGAGGAAGAAAACCAGUCGAGUGAGAAGGAAUCUGAACUAGCAAUGCAGUUAAAGAAGCUGGAGCAUGAUUUCACAUUGCUGAAAGCUGCCCUUCUAGAGAAAGAGACACAAGUGAAAGGUUUAGCCGAAAAGAAUGACAUGCUGAAGAUCGAGAUCGAGAGAGGUGAAGCAGAGAGGAGCAGGGCUAAUGAUGAGGCAGCUGCAAUUGCUGACACAGCUAAGGCAGGAGAGAGGGAGGCAUUGAUGAAGCUUGGUUCUGUAACUGAGGAAGCUGAUAAGAGCAGCAGGAGAGUCGCCCGGGUGACUGAGCAGCUGGAUGCAGCUCAGGCUGCAAACACGGAGAUGGAAGCUGAACUGAGGAGGUUGAAGGUGCAGGCGGAUCAAUGGAGGAAGGCAGCUGAGGCAGCUGCAUCAAUGCUUUCAUCAACAGGGAAUAAUAACAACGGGAAGUUUGUGGAGAGAACGGGUUCGCUUGAUAGUGGCAUGAACAAUUACAACACCAUUGCUGGGACUAUGGGUUCGCCUUUCUCGGAAGAUAUGGAUGAUGAGUCGCCGAAGAAGAAGAAUGGGAACGUGCUGAAGAAGUUCGGAGUGUUGUGGAAGAAAGGGCAGAAGUAAACUAAAGGAUCUAGUAAUCCCUAUCAGGUUGAAUGGGAGUACACAUAUCGCGGAAGGUGGAGUGAUUUCUGAACUAGCCAUGUCUUUUGUAAGAGUACUAUUGUAUAGAGAAGUUGGAUGGAUGGUGGCUGUCCAUUUGUUAUGUGCUUGACGCUACUAAUCAGCUGGGGGGAAAUUGGGACAAACUGAUUCUGGAGCAGACAAGAGACAGCUAGCUUUAGUUUGUAUUGUCAUGUAAGAAUUCCUUGUAUGGUUUUACUUCGAGCAAUGAGUUCCCCCGUUUUUUUCUUAUAUAUCUUCCUGAAUUAUGUGAUCAAAAUGAAUUUCCCAUCUGUAGUCAUAUCUUCUUUCUUGUUUUCGAGUUUACUGAUGCAAC